CAGCUCUGUCUCUUCCUCUCUGUCUCGCUCUCUGAUUUGCUAUCACUUCGCUCUCGGCUGCUUGGGCAGAACCAAGCCAAACAUUUUUCUUAUUCCUCUAUCUAUACUUCCUCUCACUCCUGUUACUCGCCUCAUCUCUUUGACUUGCUUUUUUUUAUUUUUCUCUUACGUUUUGCCCCUCCAUAACCUCGAUCUCCUCAUAGACUCUUCCCAAGUUACCCUCUGCGAACCAAGUGGUGUUGCUUUCUCCCUUCUCUUGUUUUUCUUUUCUUUGUCCUGUUCUUGGCUUCCUCGGUCUUCCUUAGAUCUCUUGUUCAUUUCUCGGCUUGAAUAUCUCCGUUAAGGAAGAGAAGCGAAUUGACGAAAAAAGAGGGGAGUCGGGGAAAGUUUUGGCUGAGAUCGAUGGAUGAAGUGGUGGCAUUGGAUAAUGGAUGUCCGGUGAGAUUGACGAAAAUGCCGCGGCAAGUCAGAAUUUUUAUCCAAUUUCAACGGCAUCUAUAUUGAAAAGAAGCUGGAUUUUUGAAAUGUAUUGCGUCUGCGGUUUCUGGUUGCACGAAUUUAGAGAAACCUGUGUUUCCUCUAGAACGGGAUUCUCCGAAUGAAAUAUUUCUGCACUCGGAGAUGCUCUCUCCACACUUGCUGCAGUCUCGCAGAUUUGGGUCCUUGAGAUAGCAUAGGGAUUUCAGCAGGCCACACUCUGUAUGCCUUCGCUUUGUUGAACAAAAUGGAGACUGAGAAGAGACGGUCCAAGGGAGGCUUCCUCAGUUUGUUCGACUGGAAUGGAAAAUCUCGAAAGAAGCUAUUCAGUGACAAUCCUAACUUACGUGAAGAAUCGAAGCAAGGAAAGGAAAAUGUGGAGAGCACGGCAAAGUCACAGCUCACUAGGAUGCAUGGGGAUGGGGAUGUCGCAGGUCCAAGUUAUACAGCAAAUUGUGAUUUUAGUGGUGCAAUAUCAAUUGAUAGUGAUGAAGGAUGUGGUACUAAAGCCCCUGGACUAGUGGCAAGGCUGAUGGGUCUGGAGUCUUUGCCUGCUUCGACAGCCACUGAACUCUCAUCCACGGCGUUAUAUGGCUCUGACUCUCUUGGAUCUUGUCAUGAGCAUGUUCUUGGUUUAAUGAAUGGCUAUCAGCCUGUGGACUACAUGAACAUGCCGCUUAAGCCAGACAAGUCUUCAACGGAUGCCACGGAAUUGAGGGUUCAGAAAGUGGCAAAUCGACCAAUCAAGAAAUUUCAAACUGAGAUGUUGCCUCCAAAGUCAGCUAAACCGAUUCCUGUCACUCACAAUAAGCUCUUGUCUCCUAUCAAGAGUCCAGGAUUGAUCCCCCCAAAGAAUGCAGCCCAUAUAAUGGAAGCAGCUGCUAAGAUAAUUGAAGCAAGCCCUUGGCCAUAUAUGAAGAACAAUACGUCAUCAGCUGGGCCUUCAUCUCUUCCCUUGAGAAUUCUUAGUUUGAAAGAGAAAAUGGAGACCGUGCAAAGUGCAUCCAUGCCUGAAAAGCCUGUGGAUUCAAGCACUGCCAACCCUGUUAAAGGCAAGCCUAGUGGCAGGAGCAAUAAUUCAUAUAAGUGCGCUCCAGCAUUCAAGGCUCUGAGAGAUUCUGAAAAAAAUAGUUCUCGCCAUUUGGGAAGUAAAGGAAAAUCAUCAUCUGCUGCAAAUGAAUCCAAGGCUAAUGUUCAGAAAAGAGAUACAUUGACUUCAAACGGCAAGAGAGGCUGUGUGAAGCAUAAAGAACAGAAUGAGAUGAAAUCAAACCGAUUAUCCAGGAGCCAAAAACCAAAAGUGCAGCAGUCCAUGCAGCCGAGAACUGGUACUAGCCGGAAUAGCUCUGUGCUUGGGCAGAAUAAUCAAAAGCAGAAUGGUGCGGCCAACAAAGGUGCAUCAGCAUCAAGAAUUGAUUCCAAUAACAAGCCAGCUACACAAGUUCAGUCAUCAGAAAGUACCACUCGCGGAAGGAAGACAACUAAUGAGGGUGCUAUACAUGUAAAUAGUGGACCUAAAAGGUUGAGCAGAAGGGGAACUAAUACUCAAAAAGAGUUUUCACAAUCCAAAGCUAAGAAUGUAGCCCAAAAGAAAAGGUAUAUCAGCAGGGAUGUGUUUGAUGAGGCAAGAGAUCCUAAUAAAGCAGUAAUCAAUUAUGAAAGCAAGUCGAUAAAAUACAAUAUUACAACUGAUGGGAGUAUGAAUCAGGACGCAUAUAACAUGAAAGAAAGCAAGGAUGUUAUUUCAUUCACAUUUACAUCUCCCUUGAGGAGAAACAUGCCUGAGUCUCAGUCCUCCAUUCCACUGAUGGGGACAAAAGACAACACUGAUGUUACUUCUCUUGAUCACUUUGAUUUGCGUUAUCCUGAAAAAUUAUCAUCAGCUCCUUCUGGAUUACAUACAAUAGAUGGUGAUGCUUUAAGUGUCCUGUUGGAGAAAAAGCUGCGAGAAUUGACUUCUAGAAUUAAAUUACCUCAGAUUGCCCAGGCUACAGAGGAGUCUUCUAGUUUACCGAGCAGCUUGCCGGAUGAAAUGCCUGGUGUGGUAAGUAUCAUAUCAGGGGAACAAGAAAGCUUUCACCCUGACCUGUCUAGUGAUACAUUAAAUGGCACGCAUGACUUUGGUUUCUCUUCAAGUGAUGAUCUGGUGCAUAACAAGAAUCAGCUUUUCCAGACAUCAGAAGCAACAGAAGAGACCUGCUAUAGCAGCAACUGGGAAACUGGAAAUGAUCCAGGCUGUCAGCAUCCCAGACCUGUUGCAAUUUUUGAUACUCCUUGUGCCAGUGAAAGUUACUUGGAUAGUGAAGAAAGUGCAUAUGGCAGCACAGUAUAUUCAUCCACGCAAGAUGAAGAAAUGUCUAAUUUUUCUCCGAUAAAUGAAUCUGCACCCGUUGAAAAUGGGGUAAAUUUGUAUGAGCAAAGAUCUUCCUUAUUAGCAGAGGGUGACGUGACUGGUAGACAAUUAAGUGGCAUGUUGAAUUUCUCAGAUUUUAAAGUAUCAGGAAACACAGAACUUGAAUAUGUAAAAGAUAUACUAAGUAGUGCAGAGUUGAUGACAGAAGACUUUGUGCUGGGCCAAAUCAAUGAGGUCAUAAUGCCAAAUCUAUUUGACAUGUUGGAAAAUCAGAUCGAUGCAGCCAAUGACUAUCAAGCAGAGGACUCCAAGCUGGAGAGAAAGGUCUGGUUUGACUGUGUAAGCGAGUGCCUUGAAUUGAGAUGCUGGCAAGCUUUUGCGGGAAGCUGCAAAGGAUGGCCUAGAUGGAUGGAAUUGAAUCACAGGAAGGGUAGGUUGGCAGAAGAACUGUAUAAUGAAAUUCUGGGUUAUAAAAGCAUGGAGGAAGUGAUGGUAGACGAGCUUGUGAGCAAGGACAUGGGCACCCAUUAUGGUAAAUGGCUUGAUUUUGACAUGGAGGCCUUUGAAAAGGUUUCAGAGAUUGAGUGCGAAAUAUCAACCUUUUUGAUUGAAGAAAUAAUUUCUGAUUUGUUGCUUGGUUAACCCGUGCGGAAGUGGUACACCAACCCCCUACAUGCCUUUUCAUUGGCCAGUGGUACGUUGGAAGGUGUAGUUGUAAAAGCAUAUUGCUGCUUCCAGUUUGAAGACUUGAAUGUUGACAGGCUAACGAUUUCUGCCCAGUUCAGCUGGGAAUCUGACUCCACAACCCUUUAUUUCUGCCAUAGAUAAAAUAUCUUGUACUCCCUCCGGUCCCAUUUAUAAGUCCAAUUUUAGAUGGUGUAUUUGGUCCCAUUUAUAAGUCACGGUGCGUCUUUUUAGGUAAUAUUUGAGAGGUAUUUCCAAAAUUACCCUUCAUGAGAGAGAAAAAGUAACAGGACAUUACUUUUUAGAUUUGUUAUAUAGGGGCAUGUUUGGAAUUUUACUUACUUUUAUUCCUU